AUGCCUAUGUCUGAACAAAACGAUGUUGAAAAAGUGCCCGAGCUGAGUUAUUCGGCAGUGUAUAUAGGAAAAUUGACCUAUCCCCUAUGCUACCUUGACCGGUUUAACAUCGUUUUGAUGAUAUUUCUCGUGGCUUGUUCAGUGUUCGAAGCGCCAAGCAACUUGGCUAUGAAGGUCUCUUCUUCUCCGGUAUGGUUAGCCUUCCUUGUUACCAGUUUUGGUUCACUCUGUGCGGGCAUUGGAGGAGCGAAAAAUGUCCCAACCCUCAUGGCCCUCCGAUUACUUCUUGGUGCAGUAGAAGCGGGUGUCUAUCCUGGCAUGAUCUUCUUCCUCAGCUUCUGGUAUGGACCGCGUGAGCGAGCAAUUAGAAUCGCGGUUUUCCUUUGCAGCGCGACCCUAGCAGGAGCAUUUGGGGGUGCCAUCGCCUACGGGGUAGGACAUAUGAAUCAAGUCGGGGACCUGCCUGCAUGGCGAUGGCUUUUCAUUCUUGAAGGUGCCCCCUGCAUUCUUCUUGCGAUUAGCAUCUUGCUCUUCUUGCCUAGUUAUCCAGAAAAAGCGAAGGUACACUACAUAUCCUACCUCUGCAUCGGCAUUGGAGUCUCCUCCCUAUCCUUCUUCGCCCCUACCAUCGUCGCAGGAAUCGGCUACAUAGGUCUCGACGCCCAACUCUUCGUCAUCCCUCCUUACGCAUGCGUAUACGUAGUCACACUUGGGGCAGCCUACAUGUCAGAUCGAUACAAAAAUCGCGGCCUAGUAGCCGCUGGUUUCUGUGGUACAGGACUCCUCACCUUCCUCAUCCAAGCAUGCGUCUCCAGCCCGUCACUACGCCUCCGAUACUCCAUGCUCGUGAUAAGCACCUGCUCUGUCUUCGCCUGCCUUCCAUCUUUCUGCGCAUUGGCCUCUGAUAACGUGCACACAACCACAGCAUUGUCGCUGGCUACUGCCCUGAACAUUGCCUUCACGGGACCCGGGCAGAUCAUGGGAGUGUGGAUUUACAAGAGUAAGCAGGCACCGAGGUAUGAGCUUGGGCAUGCUAUCAACCCAGCUAGUUUGUUUCUGAGGAUGGUUUUUGUCGAAAGACUUAUGCAGUUGCUACAAUUCGAAGGGAACUUCUUGUAUCAAUCAGCUAGGCAAUACGGCUAA